AUGCAAAGAAAAUUUUGUUUUGUUUGUGGAGUCUUGACAGGUGUUUUUGCAGCAAAAUUCUACACAGUUAAGAAUGGAUUUGUUGGUAAAAUACCUAUUCAUCAUGCAUGCCACGAUGGUAUAAUUUGUGGAAAACAUUAUAACAUAUUCAGGAGACAAUUUAAUAAUUUAGAUGAGAACUUUACAAAUAUUGAAUUUGGAACAAAUGAAACAGUACAACAUAAUCACUCUAACAAAACUCAAUCAUAUCAAUUUCACAUUCAUAAUGAAAGUAACAUUUUACCCUUAGACCCACAGUCAUUUAAAAGUUUAGAAAAUCAAAAUAUCGGCCUUACCAUUAUUCCAACUGACCACUUGAUUCGUAUUGUGAAACCAGUACAGUGUAAAAUCUGUGAGAGCACAAAUAUACAUUUAAGAGAAAUUACUAAAAAUGGAUUUGAACAGAUAUUCCGUUUUACUUGUUUGGCUUGUAAUACGGUAUUUGUUUUUAGAACAUGUCCAAGGAAUCUUAAAUUGAAUAGACAUAUUAUUCAAUCAUUUGAACUCUCGAACUCUACCUAUGAAUCAUUUAAAACAUUUACAACCCUUGUCGGAUUGCCAAUAAUUAAUAAGAAAUCAUAUUAUCAAGCAACAAACAAGUUAUGGAGCAGUAGUAGUCAAGUAUUAAAUCAAGAAAUGGACAAGGAAUUGGAAAAGAUUGCAAAUCAGAAAAUGAAACAAGUGCUUGGUCCUUUAAUUUCUGCAUUUGAACUGGGAAGAGAAGUUCCGGCAUUGAUUUACUCCUUCAUUCAUGAUGCAAUAUUUUUGGAUAUAUCAGUUGAUGCAAGAUAUUCAUCUAGGAGAAAUGUUUACGAAUGUACUCUUGUGGUAUUCGAAACAAAGGCAAAAAAAACAAUUGAACGAUCACACGUUAUCAAGAAAAGAGCAUCUAAUAGAAAAAGUGCCUUACAAUGGUUUAUGGGAGCCUCUAAAUUAAUGGAGCCAGAAGCAUGUCGUUUAGCAAUUACAUCUUUGAAACACAAGUCAUUUCCAGUAAUGGGUUAUGGUAUUUUACAUUUCAAAAUUGGCUCUUUUGUUCAUGACAAAGACUCAACUGUGGCAGCAGUCAUCAAGAAAUUAGAACCAACAGCAUUAGAAAAGUUAGAUCCAAAUCAUGUAAUCAAAAAUCUGAGCAAGGAAGUAGAAGAAAAAGCACCCCGUAUUGCCAGUAUUAUUGUAUCAUCCUUUAGGAAAGCUCUAAAAUUAGCCAACACCACCACUAAUUCAAAUGAGAAACUCCAAGCAUUAUUGAAAGCUUAUCCACAACAUUUACAAAAUAACCAUUCUCUGUGCGAUUCAGGUUGUCCACACACAAUUAAACCAGAAAAAUUGAUCACUAAAGAGGAAGCACAAGUUGUUAAAGAAAUAUUUGACAAACGAAUCAAAUAUAGUCACAAAUUUUGUGAUAUUGCAUGCAAUAGCCAAAACAAUGAGUCCAUACAUAGUACUAUUUGUCAUACAACACCAAAGACAUUAGAUUUCAGUCGAAAUUAUUGUGGAAGAGCUGAUCUGGCAAUAGGUGAACGAUUGCUUGGAAAAUUUGCACAAUUAAGAAAAAUUCAAAGAUUUAUUGGUAGUCUCUUCGUGAUUCCAAAAGAGCAGGCCAUCAAGUUAGAUACUCAAUAUCAUCAGGAUAAAAUAAGGAAACAGUCUAAAGCUUAUAAGGAAAGAAGAGUGGAGCUUCGGAAAACAAAACUUAAGGUAAAAGAAUCUCCACAGCCAAAGGGAACAAUUGGAAGUUGCACAUGUUCGAAGGGUUCGACAUGUACAAAAGCUUGUCCAUGCAGAAAAGCCGGGAAAUCAUGUACUUCCAAAUGCUCUUGUUCCCUUACCAAAUGUUCAAACAACAAAAAAGUUUGA